CUCUAUAUGGGCUGACCCAAUUUUCUUGAACCGGCCCAACCCACAUUAGUCUUAACCGGAAAAGACCAGAACCAACUGAUUCGACUACUUUCGUCUUGUGUUUCCGUACAAUGCGCCUCCACGGCCACCGCCUACGUCAACCGCCUUAAAAUCUCAUAGCCUCCUCCUCUCCAUCUCUUUCUCUCUGUUAUGGAAAUGGCUAAGAAUUACUCCAAGAAUCUGUUCAACCAUUUGUAUUUUAUGCAAAGAUUUCUGAAGAAAGAGCAAUUGUAUCAGAGGUUUAUAUAUAGCUAUGUGAAUCGGUUUCAAUCGCUACGCUCGAAAGUAGGCAAGGUAGAGCCAGAGGUACUCAAAGAAACGAAAACUGCUGCUCCUCCUCAAGCUCCUCUGAGGCCCAAACAUGAUGCCAUUAGCAACUACUCUAGUGACGACGAUGAUUUAAUCGAUAGUAAGUGGAAAGGGUUGGAGCUUGCUUGGCUCCCCAGAGCUCUCGAACCAGCUCUUCAACUGUGCAGGUGGGCUCUGCCAAGCUCAACAGUUCUGAAAAUUGCAGGAAAUGGAGUGGGAGAGAAACCCCCACCCAGCACUCGAUCAGUCUCGGAGAUCAUUGCAAGCAUCCAACGCAGCAAGACAGGAAUUCAGGAUUGGAGUUUGAGUGAUCUCACCAUUGGUUUGUUUCUUAUUUAUCUUCGACAAGCGUCUGUAAAUCCAUUUGAGGAUGUUAAUGGUGUUCAGGUCUCCUCAGAUUCAAUGGUACGAGAUCUCAUCUACCACUCUGAGUUAGCAAAGGGUUCUUAUAAGGAUACUACUGCAGCUCUUGCAAGGAACACCAUGCUUCGAGAAAGCAGUGUCUUGAAAUUUGUCAAAAAUUCCAGUGUGAUGAGGCCUGGAUAUUAUAUAGGGAUUGACCCUCGUAAAAAACUUGUGAUUUUAGGAAUCCGUGGUACUCAUACUGUAUAUGACCUUAUAACUGAUGUUGUUUCUUCAAGCGAUGGUGAAGUCACAUUUGAGGGUUAUUCAACCCACUUUGGCACUGCAGAAGCUGCUCGCUGGUUUCUUAGUCACGAGAUGGGAAAUAUAAGGAAGUGCUUGGAGAAAUAUGAGGGAUUUAAGUUUAGGCUGGUGGGUCAUUCGCUUGGAGGUGCUACAGCUGCUCUACUAGCAAUAAUGCUCCGUAAAAAGUCAGCUAAGGAGCUGGGGUUCAACCCAGAGAUUGUCUCUGCGGUGGGGUAUGCAACGCCACCUUGUGUCUCCAAAGAACUUGCUGAAAGCUGCUCCAGUUAUGUCACAACUGUUGUGAUGCAGGAUGAUAUUAUACCUAGGCUAAGUGUGGCAUCUCUAACGAGGUUGAGGAGUGAAAUUCUUCAAACCGAUUGGAUGAGUGUGGUUGAGAAGGAAGACUGGAGAAGUGUCAUAGAUUUGGUUACAAAUGCAAAGCAGGUUGUGUCUUCAGUGCAAGAUGUUGCUCGGAAACUCUCUGAUUAUGCAAAAUUUGGGAGCAGUAAAAAUGCUUCAGAUGGUCCUGUCAUAAAGAAAAUGCCUAUGGCUUCCAGGGUCCCUGUAAAUGACAGAGAAGUAAGAGAUAAUGCUGUUGCUAUUGAGAAUGGAGCUGCCUGUAAAGUGCCCGAGGAGUUAUUUGUACCCGGCACUGUUUACUACCUAAAGAGGAAUGUGGAUGCUCAAACAGGCAGCAGCAGCAGCAGGGAGUAUUUUACACUAUGGAAGAGGCAUCCAGGUGAACAUUUUCAGAGGAUUGUGCUCUCAAGCAACAUAAUAACAGACCACAGGUGUGUUAGCCAUUACUAUGCAUUAAGAGAUGUGCUCAAAGGUUUGCCCACCUCUGAUGAUGAAGGCAAACUUCAUAAUUGAUCAAAACAAAGUGCUCUUAUUUUUCAUCUGUAAAAAUGUAAGAUUUACUGUAACCAUCAUAAAUUUUGCAAUGUUUAAGGGAUUUAUCAAUUUUCAUCGAUCAAUAUUCCAUCCA